CCACGGGCGGUGAUGGCGGCCGGGCCGGGCCAGGAUUCCCCGGGAAUGGCCCCGGGAACGGCCCGGAAUUCCAUGGGAACGGCCCGGAAUUCCAUGGGAACGGCCUGGAAUUCCCUGGGGCUGCUCCGCGCUCUGCUCGUGGCCGCGCUGGCGGCGGGUUCCUGCCAGGGCAAUUCAGUGCACAGGAAGAUUUACAUCAGCCUGAACCACACAGCCUGCGUGCGCCUGCUCAACGCCACGCACCAGAUCGGCUGCCAGUCCUCCCUGCCUCGGGACACGGGCGUGAUCCACGUGGUGGAGCAGGAGCAGGACCUGGAGUGGGCCCUGUCCAAGGGCCCCCACCCUCCCUACAUGAUCCUGCUGGACGGGAAGCUCUUCUCCAGGGAGGUUUUGAUGCAGCUGAAAGGAACCUCCCGGAUUUCAGGCCUGGCCGUGGCCGCUGCCUCUCCCGCCCCUUCCCAAGGAUUUUCCCCAGGAUUGAAGUGUCCCAACGAUGGAUUUGGCGUUUAUUCAGACACCUAUGGCCCUCAGUUCUCUCACUGCAACGGCUCCGAGUGGAACCCGGGCGGCUCCGGGAUCUCCUACGAGGAUUCCUUCCCCAUUUUCCUGCUGCAGGACGCCAACGAGACCCAGCUCAUCAAAGAGUGUUUCCGUGCCCACAACGUUCCCAGCGCUCCGGGCUCGGUGCCGCAGUUCCCGCUCUGUGCCCUGCAGCUGCAGUCCCACAUGCACGCGGCCGCCAGCACCCAGAGCUGCAUGCGCCGCAGCUCCCUGCAGAGCGCCUUCAGCAUCAACCCAGAGAUCGUCUGUGAUCCCCUGCUGGAUUUCAAUGUCUGGAGCUCCCUGCAGCCCAUCAACGCCUCGGGGCGGCUGCAGCCGGAGCAGCGCGUGGUGAUGGCGGCCACCAGGGUGGACAGCCACUCGUUUUUCUGGAACGUGGCCCCGGGUGCCGAGGCCGCCGUCGGCUCCUUCGUGGCGCUGCUGGCGGCUGCCCAGGCCCUGCACGGGGCCCCCGGCGCCCAGAGCCUGCCCAGGAACGUCCUCUUUGUCUUCUUCCAGGGGGAGACCUUUGAUUACAUCGGCAGCUCCCGCCUGGUGUUUGACAUGGAGCAGGAGAAGUUCCCGGUGGGCCUGGAGAACAUCGGGGCCUUCCUGGAGCUGGGCCAGGUGUCCCUGAGGAACAAUUCCAUGCUCUGGAUGCACACGGAUCCCGUCUCCCGCCGGAACCAAUCCGUGGAAUCCCAGGUGCAGGCUCUCCUGGCCGCGCUCCGCGGCUCCGGCUCCGGCUCCGGGGUUUCCCUGCAGGAGCCGGGGGUGUCCCAGCCCCUCCCCCCCUCGUCAUUCCAGAGGUUCCUGAGGUCCCGGAGCAUCCCGGGGGUGGUGCUGAGCGACCACCGGGCCCAGUUCCACAACAGGUACUUCCAGAGCAUCUACGACACGGCCGAGAGCAUCGGGAUGCGUUAUCCCGAGGGAAUGAGCCCCGAGGAGCAGCUGGACUUCGUCACCGACACCGCCAAGGCCCUGGCCCAGGUGGCCACGGCGCUGGCCCGGGCCCUGUUCACCCUGGCCGGGGGAGAAAACGGAACCGAGAGCAUCCGGGCACAGGAGAAAACGGUCACUCGGCUGCUCUAUGGGUUCCUGCUCAACUCCAACAACUCCUGGUUCCAGUCCCUGAUCAAACCCGACCAGAAGGGGAUCCUGGGCCCGUUUCCCCAGCACUACGUGGCCGUGUCCAGCCCCACCAACACCACGCAGCUGCUGCAGGCGGUGCUGGGGAACCUGACCGGGAGCAGCGCCAACCUGAGCCGGGAGCAGUGCCAGAAUCCCGGGAAAACGCCGGGAACCCUGCCCGAGCUGUACGAGUACUGGUGGGUUCAGGGUCCCCUGGAUGGGAAUUCCUCGUCCCGCGUUCCCGGCUGUGUCCGUUCCGGUGUCCGUCUGUCCCCCGCGCUGUCCCCGGCCUUCGAGCUGCGCCGCUGGGAUUCCCGGGAAUUCUCCACCUGGACCGAGAGCCGCUGGAAGGACAUCAGGGCCCGCAUCUUCCUGGUGGCCAGCAGGGAGCUGGAGCUGCUGACGCUGGCGCUGGGGGUGCUGGUGCUGCUCCUGUCCCUGCUCUGCACCUUCCUCAUCAACUCCAAGGCCUCGCUGCUCUUCGGGAUCCCGGAUCCUCCCGGCUCCUCUGGCUACUGAAAAUCCCGGGAAAACCGCCUGGAAAAUCCCAGGAAAACCGCCUGGAAAAAUCCCAGAAAACUGCCUGGAAAAUCUGGGAAAAACCUCCUGGAAAAUUCAGGAAAACCACCCAGAAAAUCUGGGAAAACCCUCCUGGAAAAUCCCAGAAAAACCUCCUGGAAAAUCCCGGAAAAACCUCCUGGAAUAUUCAGGAAAACCACCCAGAAAAUCCCAGAAAACCCUCCUGGAAAGUCCCAGAAAAACCUCCUGGAAAAUCUGGGAAAAACCUCCUGGAAUAUUCAGGAAAACCACCCAGAAAAUCCCGGAAAACCCUCCUGGAAAAUUCUGGGAAACCGCUUGGAAAAUUCCAGGAAAAUUUCCAGGAAAAGCCUUGGGAGGGAAUUCCCCCCUGGAGCUGGAAACGCCAGAGGCGUUCCCGGGGAAUUCCCAGAAUUUCAGGUGGGAUCGGUGCCCUGGGUGGGAAAUUCCCAAAAUUCCCGUUUGGAUUCGAUGCCCUGAGCGAAAAAUUCCCAGAAUUCCUGAUUGCCAAAUUCCUGGAAUCUCUGGAUGGAUCCGGUGCUCUGAGUGGCAAAUUCCCAAAAUUUUCCCGGAAUUCCCAGUUGGACCCAUCCUCUUUCCCAGGGUGGAGCUUUUCCCAAAUUCUGGGUGAAUUAAGGAUAAAGGGGGGGGGGGGGGGGAGUUUUUUGGGAAUUGUGAGAAAUUCCAAAGGGUCUGGGAAUGUCCCGAUGGAAAAGGUCCCUUUUUUUCCCCUGGGAUUUGUAAAUAUUAUAAAUAAAUCCAUGGAAUUCCCAAGGAA